AUGUCUUGGCCAGAAAGAUUACAGCCUAUUAAUCCGUCAGCAAAUACUGUGGUGAAAGACGAGGAGAAAAAGGUCCAAACGCAUGCAACCAGUGAAACAGAAGACGUUGACAGAAAGAACCGCCUUGAUCCUAAGCGAUAUUCGUCCUGGACGCGUCUUGUUCGUGUUACGGCCUGGAUAAAACGGUUUAUAAAGAACUGCAAAUCCCCGUCCCAGUCGCAAAAUAUGUCACGUGUUUUGCAAAACUCUGAAUUCGAUGAAGCCCGAACGUUCUGGCUACGAAAAGCACAAACCGACAGCUUUCCAGAUAAAGUAAAAGACAAGAGUCCACUGGGAUUUUCUCCAUUCUUGGACAAAGACGGACUAUUGAGAGUCGACGGCUGA